GAAAGAGAGAGAUAAGAAUUCAGCUAGCUGCGCUUUUUAAAAUAAAACAAUAAUUAUAACAAUAAAUGAUUAUUGAUAAUGCACCUUAGUGUUAUUAGUUGAUUUGAGUUUACGACUUGAGGAUAUUUUUGUGCACAGAGUCUGGCACUUUGUGUUUGUUUUUAUUUUUUACUUUUCGAAUCAACUAGCAGCUCAGUUAUUGUUUAUUUUUAUAUAAAUAUCUAUAAAAAUAAUACACUUUAAGAGUGUAGAAGGGGAAAAUCUUUAACAAGGAUUUGCAAUCUUUAACAAAUUGAAUACAUUAUUAACAAUCCUGGGCUAAGCUGCUGCUGUCGGAGCUUGUUUUUGUUUUUGACAGCUUGGAGGAUUUACAAGAAGAAGAAGGGAAAAAACACAUUUAUCUUUUUAAAAAAAAAACAAAAAAAAAACAGCAAAAACAAAUUGUUUUUUAUUUGCACCAAACUGUUUUUGUGCAUUCGUUUUUUUUUUUGGCUGCUUGUUUUUGUUUUAGUUUUUUCCCCUUUUCUCAGUUUGUCUCUUAAAAAAGAAAUAAUAAUAAUACAAGCUCAAAAAGCUGGCUCACUGACUGUAUAUUUGUUUAUAUAUAUAUAUAUAUAAAAUAACACUUUUUGCCCCAUCAAUGCUGUCAUUGAGCUAGCUCUUGUUUUUUCCCCCUUUUUUUAGUUAUUUUUUAAGAAAUAAAUAUAUUUAUAUAUACAUAUGUUUUUCCUCCUUUAAUCUACAAGGACGCGCGCGAGACAACCACAGCAACAUUUGCCCAUUACGUCAUUUAUUUUUAUAUAAAUUUUUUUUCUUAUCUUUUUUUUUUUUAAUAUUGCUGUUAUUGUUGAACAUGGCCGCCAUCGGGAUGGUGCAGAUGUUGAUCGAAGCUGCUGAGUAUCUUGAUCGUAGAGAAAGAGAAGCAGAACACGGGUAUGCCUCAAUGUUACCGUUCACCAGCCACAAAGACAGGGACGGCUCCAAGAGGAAAAAUAAAAGCAAGAAAAAUUGCAGCAGCAGGUCUACGCAUAACGAGAUGGAGAAGAACAGGCGGGCACAUUUAAGGCUAUGUUUGGAACGCUUGAAGUCCAUGGUGCCUCUGGGACCAGACUCCAACCGGCACACCACCCUCAGCCUACUAACGAAGGCCAAGGAUCACAUCAAGAGGUUGGAGGACAGCGAGAGGAAGGCACAGCACACAAUAGAUCAGCUGCAGCGGGAGCAGCGGCACCUGCGCAGACGGCUGGAGCAGCUGGGAGUGGAGCGCACGCGCAUGGACAGCAUGGGGUCCACCUUCUCCUCAGACAAAUCCGACUCUGACCAAGAAGAGCUGGACGUGGACGUGGACGUGGAGGGGACGGACUACCUGCUGGGCGAUCUGGAGUGGAGCACCAGCAGCGUGAGCGACUCGGACGAGCGGGGCAGCCUAAGGAGCAGCUGCAGCGACGAGGGCUACUCCAGCCACGCCAGCCUGCGCCGCCUUGCCAACAUUCAGGAGAAAACUCUAAGUCUAUAAGAGCACAGCCACUCCCACCUGACCUCCAUCUCCAACACCUCCAGCAGCUCCGCCCACUCACUCACUCACUCACUCGAUCGAUCUCCAGCGCCGGAGCGUGACGAUGUGAAGCCGCCAGCCGACGUACGGAACGUUCCAGAAUUGAAAGCACUCUGCGGCGACUCGUACGUACACCAUCCAGACCAAAACGUAAAAGAAUGUGGCCUCGCAUAUCCGCUCCUCUCACACCUUUUCUACCUUCACCGUCCGAUCAGCCACAGAGGACGUCCGUCUAGUCGUCCAAUCAGAUCCUCCCUACCUCUCUCGCGUCCUUUUCAUCUUCGUCGUCUGUUUCGUAUCGUCACCAGAGAAUGUUCCUCAUGGCCGCGCCCGCCGCCUACGCCGACCCUCCUCCUACAUCCUCUCCCCAUCCACCAAUCAGAUCAGGACGUUCCGACACAGGGCUAGGUCACCUGACCUAUCACAGCAUGGAGUUUUGCACUUAAAAGCAGCUUCUCGGUGUAAGCCGGCCCCCUUCGCCGCAGAUCCGAGAGCGACAUAGAAUACGGUUUUGUUUUUAGUUUGUUUUUGUUUUUUUUCCCGAGAUCAGCGCCAGAAGGUCGGCUUUUACCAAAGAUCACACAGCAGGAAUGUUUUUUUCUUUUUCUUUUUUUAAAAUCACAAAAAAAAAUACAGCAACAAUAAAGGUGUAUCGUCGUCAUCGUCGCCGUCAUUGUCGUCAUCGUGAUCGUCUUCUCGCUCCUCUGCUCUCCAGAGGGAUCGCAGCUACUCUAGUUCCAGUAUCAGGUGUAGUCUUUAAGCUAGUCUUAAAUUAAGAUAAUAAUUUUCCUGCACUGUCCCAGCGUCCAACCCUUCACCCAAACCACCACCACCACCACCACCGAGCCCUGGGACGGUUACCUAGCAAUGGUGCGAUGUGACGUCAUGUGAUGUCAUGUCAUUCUCCACGGCAACCACUACUGCUAGUCGGCUCCUGCUGGUUUGGGGAGAACAGCGAGACUUUUUUUUUUUUUUUUCUCUGGCAGUCUACUACCAAGCCUCGUCUAGUUUAAUACCGAGAGAACCGUUUGGUCCAGAAGCUCGGAGACGGCAGCAGGGUGUGUGUGUUUAGCGGUUGGGUUUAUGAUCUGUACACGUUUUAAUGUCAAGCAGGGACACACACAUAUACAGACACAAAGACUUCGCGAAUAACACGUUUCAGUGCUGUUGAUGACGCGGCACCUUGAAUUUUCUUUUCGUUUUUGUACACAGUAUAAACUGUCGACGUGAGGAUCGUAUCGCAACGCAGCAUGAGAUUGUCGCGGGACUGAUUUUGGGGGAGUGGGUGAUGGAAAAGGGGGUGGGGGGGAGGGGGAUGGUGUCCAAUGAGAAAUUUUCAUCUGGGUCGUUCCUGCUCUUCCUCUCUGAUCUAAAGACAGUGGCAAAUACGUUUGUGUGUGUGUGUGUGUGUGUGUUUUGAUGUUGUUUUUUUGUUGUUGUUUUUUUUUCAGUAAAAGAGGAAAUAAGGAAGUAAGUACAUUCCGCUACCGAACAGGAAGUCAGUUAGCAUUAUUAUUAUUGUUAUAAAGAGUAUAAUAAUAAGAAUAAUAAGGCACUCGGAAUUAUGGGAAGGCAAAAAAGGGCUUUGACCCAACAGGGCUGAAAUAGUUUUUCUUUGUCCUUCUCCGACGAGACGCUGAAACUGUUUUAUCUUUUCAACAUUGUGUUUUAUUUAUAUAGUUUUACAGAAAUCUAUUUAUCCAUUUAAACAUCUAUAUGUAUCACAAAGUAUUUAUUUAAUCCAGAUAUAUGUCACAAAUAAAUCUAUUACAUAUUUUAUAUGUGUAAAAUAAAAAAAAAAGAAAAGAAGAGUAUAUUUAAAAAGUCGUAGUGGAUUUAGUUAUCACAGUGGGUUAUAGUUUUAUUUUAUUACUUUAAUUCUAAGUGUUCUCUCUCUCUAACCGUGUAGUUUUAUUUGCACAGAUUAUCUACAUUGUAUAUGGACAUGGAGUUAGAGCUCUAUAUUUGUGUACACCCUUAAACCAACUUGUGCUCUUAUGGCUGUCUCGACGUGUUAGAUUCUUUCUUUUUUUUUUUUUUUUUUCAUUUGUUGAAAUUUUUUUUUAUCUAAACGUACAGUAUAUAGAUUAGAUCUACAAAUAUAUGGAGAAAGAGAAAUAAAUGUGCGUGAAACGUAACAGAAAAAGUAAAGGAGUAAAGGGAAAGUAGUUUGUCAGGGAAACGUGUUAAACGUAUGAGAUGAGAGCGUGAAGCUCCUGAAUGUAGACGUAGACUGUAUUUAUUUUUUAAAGAGCUCAAAGAUGAGACAAAACCGCAAAUAAUAAUAAUAAUAAUAUAAAAAACUUGAACGAAAUGCACCAAAAAAAAGAAAGAAAUAGACAACAUUUUUAAAAAGAAUAUAUAUCUAUAUAUAUAUCUAUAUAUAUGUAGGCUUGUUUAAUAUGUGGAAUUUUUAAUCACUUUACAAAUAAGUCCCGCCUUCCCCGCCAAAAAAAUAAUAAUAAAAAAAAAGUUUAAAAAGAAAGAGGAAAAAAAUUAGUGUGAUUGAGAUGUGAUUGUUAGACUGGGGAAAGGGGUUUGAGUUUGUGUUUAUGUGUGUGUGUGUGUGUGUGUGUGUGUGGUCACUGUCUACAGAUGGAGAGAAAGGGUUCCGGACAAGGGUUUAGUUUUUUUGGCGGUGUCGGGUUCUUUAAAGCUGUUUGUACGGAUAUGUCUUGUUUUUAUUUGUUAUGAGUAAAAAGUAAAAAAAAAAAAAGUCCAUUUCCUUUCCAGUGUGUCUAAAGACUGUAAUAAUAGUGGUUCUACAUACACACACACACACACACACUCUCUUAAACUUGCCCUGCCUUUCAAUGACUCCUUUAUCCUUGAUUGUACUUUAUUCGUGAUGUGUGUGUGAGCGUUUUGUCUCUCUGCUCUCUUUCAACACCAGCGCAGAGAGAAAAACAAAACUCUGAAACAUUCUGUGAAAACCUUUUUUUUUUUUUUUUUUAAAGAAUAAGGGCGCGUUUGAGUAACGCAGGCUUUUACAUCCAUCUGUGCAGAAAUUGCGAAUCAUAAUCAUUAGCUGAAAUGCACAGGAUUUGCACAAACGCCCUGCGUGGCUCGAGCGCGUCCCGGGUGCUGACACACACUCGUGGUUUUGCUCGAGAACAACCCCGCCCCUUUUGUUUUAUUUAUUUUUCAUUUCCAUUGUGCCACCUUCGACCCUGCAGCUAACGUCCAGGGGGCCGUGAUGGAUGUUUGCACUCCUUCAGUGAGUACAGGAGGUUGUGAACUCUUAAUACCAAAAUGGCUAAAGCCUUAAUGACGUCCAGACGUACGGACAUUUAAACAAAAAAAACAAACACAAACGUAUGUACGAUCUGUUUUGGAAAGUAAGCCCAUCGCAAUGUCAUUCCCACUGAUGGUGACUGUGUCUCAGGUGUGUUCUUCUACCAGACACACACUAAAAAAAAAUUGCUACUGCCUCUCGGACAGCUACAUGUCUGUUUUUUUUUUUGUUUGUUUCGUGUUCGAUUUAAAUUAAAAUCUGACCCUUUUAUGCUGUUACUUUGUUCAAAACAGCGACAAAAAAAUAGAAAACCCGGGCAGUUUGGAUGUCGAACGCUCAGUUGUGGUCAAAAAACUAAUGGAGAAUCAGAACAUCAGCAACAAUAUGUACAUGUGUUGAGUUUGUUACUCUUUGCUAGUAACAUCUGAAAUAAAAAACUAAGCAAAA